GUUUUUUAAGUUACUAAAAUUUUUGAAUAAUGGAUUUAAUUUUUAUAUUAUUUUUAAUUUGUUAUCAAAUUACAUUAUCUUUAUUAUAUAGCAAUCAAAAUAAUAUUUCAUCACAACUAAUGUAUAGCAUCGGUGACUCUAAAAUGGAUAAUAUUUAUGUGCAUUUAGAUAAUCAAACGAUUGAAAUGAUUGGACACAAAGAUCUGUACAAUUGCUUCAACAAAGCAAAAAAUAUGGUUUCGCAAUGCACUUCAAUAGUAGCCAUACAGUGGAAUAUAAAUGAUUUAAGAUAUGAUGUCACCGAUGAUGACCGCAGUGGUGACCAAAAUGGUGACCAAAUUACAAGUAGUAGUAGUAGUGUAGACUUAUUUGCAUUCAAUUUCACUCAUAUUAAUAACAGUCUCAUCAAAGAAGUUAAACUAUUGAACGAUAUGUCAUACGGAGAGUCUGUUUGUUGUGUAUUAAAUGAAUUGAUUGAUUGUAUUGAUUAUAAUUUAGUAAAACAAUGCAAAGGCCAUGCAGUCAAUCAAAUUAAACAAAUCAAUCAAUUGAUUAUUAGUGAAAAUUCAUACAACUGUUCCCACACUUUAACCGCAAAAUGUAUGACUAUUCUUAAGCUUAUAAAAGCUCCCAAAUAUAUUGUUAAUGAAUCUCAAGUUAUUACCGAUUCCGGCCAUAACAUAUUACUGUAUUUGAAUCUUAAAUCUUAA